AAAAUUUAACAAAUCUCAACUAUAAAUCAAAACAUCCUCCACUUACGGAAGUAGCACAAAUUAAAAGUAUAAUCAUCGGAGCGAUUCACUUGUGGGAAUUGAAACAUGAAGACUAGAGUGAUAGAAUCAACAAUGGUAAAGCCAAUGGAAGAAACUCCGAGUGGCUGUGUGUGGCUCUCCAACAUAGACUUAGUUUUACCUGAAACCCACCACACUCGAUGUAUUUACUUCUACCGCUGCGAUGGCGGAGCCAGCUUCUUCGACACGGCGGCGCUCAAGGCAGCUCUAAGCCGGACCCUUGUUGAGUUCUACCCGUAUGCGGGGAGGCUGAGAAGGGACGACAACGGCCGUAUUGAGAUCAACUGCAACGGGGAAGGGGUGUCGUUCGUGGAGGUGGAGUGCGACGGCGCCCUCGACGACUUGGGUGAUUUCUGCAUCCCCAGGCCUGAUCUCAGCCUCGCCCCCACCGUCGAUUACUCGAAAGGAAUUUCUACUUUCCUACCUUUUCUGGUCAAGUUAACCCGGUUCAAAUGCAGCGGAGCGACCUUAGGUUUUGCUGGUGAGCAUCACACUACAGACGGGAUUUCCGGAAACAAUUUCAUCAACACGUGGUCAGCAAUAGCCCGCGGCCUAACAACCGUCCCACCUGCUUCCUGUUGAAUGAAGAUUGUUGACUCAUAAUUGAAAGUAUCGGGACUUAGUCUUUGUUGGUUUCAGCUUUAGUUUGACUCAUUCUUAGUUAGGUGUUUAGUGUUCCUAGUCAUUCUAUAUUCUGUUAUUGCUGAUUUUUAGUUCAUUUCAGUUUGCCGUUGUAAUCUUCAUGCUUAGAGGGCUUAUAAAAUAGCACCUCAUGUAAGUGGAAUAAACAAGUCAAUUUGGAG